AUGGACUUCGUGCUGGUCCAGGCUGGGACAGGUUCUGAGGUAGCGCCUCCCGCGCUCGGGGGAGGCGCCGUCGCGACGGAAUCCCGGCGACAGCAACGGUCGCCCCCGAGGGAUGCAACGCAGACUCACGAAAGACGCCCCUUCGGGGGGACGGGUGAUAACCAUGCCAGAAUAAUGCAGGAACUACGCCACAGAAUGCAGGACUUAGAGCGCAGGCUAGCAGAAAGAGAGCGCGACCAACGCUCCCCAGAGCGGAGCCCCACCCGUUCCUGCUCAAGGAGCCGCUCGAGGCGCACGCCGAGCCCCCAACACGAGUCGGAGAGCACUGAGGAACGGGUACGCCCCAGAAGAAGAAGUCGCGACCCCAUUAUCUACGCCCAACACGAAAGGCGGCGCGCGUCCAACAGAGGCGACGAGGAAGCCCACCGCGAGAACAAUGAGUCGAGAAGAAAUGCCCGAGGACCCGUCAUAAUAGGAGCGACCCCUUUCCACCGCUCUGUACUCGAGGUCCGACUACCAAAACACUUCGACAAGCCGACAGACAUGAAGUAUGACGGAACGCAAGACCCCCUGGAACACUUGACGGCCUUUGAGGCCAGGAUGAACCUAGAAGGGGUGGGAGAUGAGGGACGGCAAACUCGCCGACUUCUCCCACCUUAUAAGGGAACCAAGGAGACGCAACCGGGACAACGACAACGAGGACAAACCCCGACCAACAAGACGACGACAGGAGCCAGAGGGAGACGAUCACGGUCUCACGGUGGUAAACGUGGUGACGGCCAGGAAUACCGCCCCGAGGUCGAAAUCGGCGCAGAAGAAAGAUGCCAAGGUCUUAGCGGUCUCCACCCCACCUGUUAG